UUGAUCCUCCGUCUUAUUUGAUUGUCCAUCACCCGGCUUCCCUUUGCUUCAGCCUGAGGGGAAACCACCAUACCACACCGUCCUACUCCUGUAACCCUAUAAGUCAAGAUCGCGCUUUUCAUUAAACGUUAGAUUGAAUUCCCGACCCAGUACCCCACACUGGGAUGGAGUACUUCGAUUUCGAUGAGGCCUCCUGCGGCUCCCAUGUGCGCGAGGAUGACGUUGCGUCGGACAACAUCGAGCUCGACGAGGAGAAUGAGGCGGUUGCAAACUACAACUCGCUCCUCCAAGAGCAACCCCUAGAGUUUUCCAAUGACCUGCCGGAGCAGGAUAUUGACGGGCAGCAGCUGGAGGACGCGCCUGAUCCGGCGCUGCACAAGGGUGUCUACCCCAUGGGCCGCUCCAAACUACCGUGCGACUUUUGCAGACAUAUGAACCUGGACUGCUUCGUCGCAAAGAGUGGGGUCAUGAACCAGGGCAGUUGUACAUGUUGUAUUUCGCUCUACCGAGAGUGCAGCUUCACGGUCGCCCCGGCGCCCGGAAAGUUCCUGGACACAUUGCAUCCAAUCUCCGAGAACGCCUACAUCCCUACCGGCGAUCUGACGGGGAAGAAGGCGCUGAAGUCCCUUUCCUACAUCACCGAUGUUGACGGCCGUUCGAGGAAGAGCAAUUCCCGAUUGUCGCGGGAGGCAACCCGUACCCUCAAGAAAUGGCUCCAAGAGCACGGGGAGCACCCGUACCCAACCGAGCAGGAAAAGGAUGAAUUACAGCAACGCACGGGGUUAAAUCGAACGCAGGUCUCGAACUGGCUGGCGAAUGCUCGGCGCCGCGGGAAAGCUCGUCCCGCUCCGCAGGGCAGCACUUCCGCGACUGCAAUCAACAUUCCCGGGCAAAAGCGUCUGGACGUGGCUUACAUGACGCCCAUUGAGCGUUGGAAGCACUCACCCCCCGAAAACGAACCGGCUGCCACGUCCGAUAUUCUGCGCGCUUUGGUUAGUACAGACCUAAAUCAUGACCGACAGCGCUCGUCCCAGUCAGGUCACGUGCGGUCCCAUUCUCGGAAGACUGGGUCUAGCAAUGACUCAAGCCAUGCCAACUCCAUUUUGCUUCGAGCUCCCUCCGUGAGUAGUCAUGAGACAAGUCAGUCGGUCAGUCGCUCUUCACUGUCCGAGUUCUCCUUUGCUUCUGCCUUCUCCCACCGAUCCUCUCUAGGGUCCUUCGGUUCCAUGGAGCGGAAGGAACGACGCCGUCGUCGCAAGCCCUCACUCCCCGUCAACACCUUCAAUCAACAGAAGGCACGAAGCGCUCGGAUAUACCAAUGCACAUUUUGCACCGACUCCUUCCAGACCAAGUAUGACUGGCAGCGCCAUGAGAAGUCACUGCACCUGGCUCUGGAGAAGUGGACCUGCUCGCCGUUCGGGGGCGUGGCCGUCAUGGACGGUGCCAAGCGCUGUGUGUUCUGCAGAGCCAUUGAUCCAGACAACGACCACCUUGAGUCUCACAAUUACAGUACCUGUCAAGAGAAAACCCCCGCCGAACGAUCCUUCUACCGGAAAGAUCAUCUCAACCAGCACCUAAGGUUGAUGCACAAUGUGAAGUUCGACCAAUCAAUGAACACAUGGAAGAGUACCAUGACGGAGCUGAAGUCCCGAUGUGGUUUCUGUGGGUUGGAUCUCACCACCUGGAAAGAUCGAGUCGACCAUCUGGCCCACCACUUCAAGAAUGGCAGUAGCAUUGGUCAAUGGCAAGGGGACUGGGGCUUUGAACCAUUUGUCCAGAACCUGGUGGAGAAUGCAAUGCCUCCAUAUCUCAUUAGCACCGAACAGAAGACGCUAAACCCUUUCAGGCCCAACGUUGCCGGAGAGGUGACAGGCCUGAUAAGGCCGGAAGACGCCAAUUGCUAUGGUCGUCUGCAGAGCGAACUCUCCGCCUUUGUGCUUGAUCAUAUGGCUGCCGGUGUCAUGCCCACCGACCGGAUGAUCCAAGAUGAAGGCCGCCGGAUCGUUUACGACAAUGACGACCCCUGGAAUCAGACCUGCGCCGAUAACCCCGUCUGGCUCAGCCUUCUGAAACGAGAUACCGGACUCGAAUUGGUCCCCGGCUCAGAGAAUCUCCAGUUCUCCGACCUGGGCAUGCAGCCACCAUUUGCUGCCGCUGAUGGGUUGAAGCAGCCACCCACCGAAACCAAUCCGCACGCGCGAUCUAUUUGCUCCCAACAGCGGACGUUCAGCCCCGCACAUCCCGGCUCUGGCUUCCAAAGUCCCGUCUUUCCCGGGUACGGUCGGGCAUCUGCCGCUGCAAGUGCGCCCGGGAGCUCCAGUGGUAGCUAUGCCGAAAGCUCUGGCUUUAUCCCGGCUCGACCAUACUCUGGGCUGUCUGCCGACUGGGGAAGCAGUCUGUCUGCUGGUGUCGCAUCCCUCUCGACGCCUCACAGCGGAUCCGUCGAUCAGUUCGUGCAGAUGGGAUUCGAUCCCGAAUUCCUGCAACAGCUGAAUGAGCGGUAUGAUGAGUUGCCUCUGGGGGACCUGCAGGGUCUGAGCUUUGACGAGAGCAGGCGCGCGGGCGGAGUUGAGUUCGGAAACGGCAGGAGACAUCCAGCAGAAUCAGCUGGUAAGCCGUUGCCCGUGUCCAGCAUGGGAUCGGCGCCGAUUGCCAUCCCCAGUCCGAAGAGUGCCGAUGCGCUGAUGCCCGACGCGGUUCCCGAAUAGAACCGUCCGGGUAGGAUUGGGGUAUGGCGUGGAUAAUGGGAUUGAUGAGAUUGGUUAUGUGGCAUACGUGCAGCGAAUGUAGAUAGUUGUUGUUUGGUUGAGGUCUGGAGUUAAAAGUUGUCUGUCGUUUCCCUCACGGUUCUUCUUGCAAGAACUACUCUCAUUUCCUUUCGAGCGGUUGGGAUCCUUCUUCGACUGAAGGGGAUCCGAAGGCGAUCAUUUGCCGGAGAUAGCGACGUUUAAUAUAGGGAGCUAGACAUACCCCUCUCCAAUAACCGUGAGUCCGAUUAUCAGAACACUCAGCCGUAGUCUUUUCACAGGGCGUAG